CUACGUGGAGAUAGACCACAUUCAGAAAGUACAGCUAAUAUAUUAGCUGCACUUAAUAUUAGUUGCAGCUGAUCAAUCGUUCAGUAUCGCCGAGCAUACGUCAUCAUCAGCUGACAGCCCACAGACGCCGAAACGGUUUUAAAUUGCGCUCCCUAUGAUUACGACGUUCAUCAUUAAAUACUAUUAAUUCCAAUGUACCAACAGAGACUUAUAUAGUACGACGUAAGGAAUAAUCAAUUAAUAUCCAACGUAAUUAACUAGCGGAAAUUAAGUGAGUUGAAUCAUUCUAAUUAUCAUUACAAUUAUGUAAUGUUCCUUGGCCCAGCGACUUGAUGUAAUAAAAAUGACCGCACUCGUUUAUUGCGAGUCUGCUAUUAGUUAGCCUGCCGCUAAUACGCUAACAGUAUCACUUUUCUGUUUACUUGUUGUUCUGUCAAGCGUAAACUUCACUCCGAAUAACUAAGCGGACACUUACCUUACAACCGUUUCAAAUACAGACGAGAACGGUAUCAAUGAACACAACUCCACACUGGUCAACUUACUUUCACUCCGUAGUGGUGCUCUCAGUGGACUUGUCACUUCGUCAAUGAAGGCUAGCAGUCAACCAUAGCGUUGACGCUAUUAGCUGCUGGAUGUAGCACACCACUGGUGGAGUCUACUGAACUACAUAAAUUGUUCUUGUUGUGUGUUAUUUUUUUAAUUUAAAGUUUUACUUCCUUCGUCACAACGCAAAGUUAUGAGUUAAAAUAUAGUUCAACAAACAGUGACAGUAACCUGUUUACGAUGCGAUCGUCAAAGCUGCGACUAUUGUGCGUGUCAAGACAGCCGGUUGGACAACUCUCAAGACGGGACCAGUCAAGCGGGCGGAGACUGCGAUCAUGCUUAGAGCAUGACAGCCAUAGAUAUAUGAUUUAUAGACAUGCGGAGGUUUUUCAACAGGAUCACUUAACAGAGCUUUUGCGGUGACGUCACGUACUUGACAUUGGCAUGGACUGAGGAAGAACGUAUUCCUUGAAGUUAUGGCGAUGCACCUGUUUACAAGAUAUGUCACCGGGCUCCUCGCUGAUACAUCGUGCGUAAUUCCUCAGAGGACAUUCGGUGUGUCUGCUGCCACACCAGCCAUUCAGAAAAUGACCAGAGUACGAGUGGUGGAUAACAGCUCUCUUGGAAAUACACCUUACCACCGGCCUCCAAGAGUGAUCCAUGUGUACACCAAGAACGGCGUUGGAAAAGUUGGUGACAAAGUGUUACUGGCCAUAAAAGGACAGAAGAAGGCUGCGCUAAUUGUUGGUCACAAAAUGCCCGGACAGCCCAUGAAUCCACGCUUUGAUUCAAAUAAUGUCGUUCUGAUCGAGGAAAAUGGGAACCCAACAGGAACAAGGAUUAAGGUUCCUAUACCCACACAUUUACGUAAAAGAAUGGAAGGGGACUACUCAAAGGUGCUAGCAAUUGCUAGUUCUUUUGUAUGAUUGUACUCUUCUCCACAAGUCAGUCUUUUUGUGAAUUGCAUUACUGUAUGUGAUAGGCUCAAGUUUCUGUUGACAGUCAUCUCUUUGCUUACAAUAAAUACAACCUUCACCAUAAAUGCACGGUACGGUCUGUUUAACAAGCAAAUGUGGGUCUAGUUAAUGUUAUUGUGAACACAAUGAGCAAACCUUAAAACAAAAUGAUGUUAAUGGCAAUAUUUAUUGAAGGCACAACACAAAAUAACUGGCACAUUUUUAUUUAGCCAUUCAUAGCUUAGGACAAGUAAGGCAUUCUAAUAUCAUGAUCCCUGUAAAUGUUUGCGACUGUUUCUCAAUGUGAGGCAUUUGUGCGAGGCGCUUCCUUAAACUCAAAUUUCAGUGCAAAAUAAAACCUUGGGAUGAAACCC